AUGAGUGUCCCGACCCCACCCAGACUCUUGGACCUGGCUGGAAUGCACCUGAUCAGGCAAGAUGCCUUGGUCAGUUCUGCUCUGGAGUUUCUGCCCACGGAGCUCUUCCCACACCUCUUCAUGGACGCCUUCCAUGGGAGACACAUCAAGACCCUAAAGGCCAUGGUGCAAGCCUGGCCCUUUGUCUGCCUGCCUCUGGGGGGGCUCAUUGACCUGCCUCAUGUGGGGCCCCUACAAGCAGUCCUGGAAGCACUUGAUGUCCUGCUUGCCCAGAAGGUUCGUUCCAGGAGGUGCAAACUACGGGUGCUAGAUCUGCGGAAUACUGGCCAGAGCGUCUGGAACAUGUGGUCUGGAGCCAGCACCCAUGGGUUCUCAAGCUUCGGAAUGGCACCAGUGGCUGAGCAGAGCUCAAAGACCCAUCAUCCCUUGGCUCCCCUGAAGAUAUACAUAGAGCUUUGCCUGAAGAAAAUGACCCUGGAUAACUUCCUUACUUACCUCCUCAGGUGGAUGGAGCAGAGAAAAGCUUCCAUUCACCUCUGCUGUAAGAAGCUGACCAUCUUUGCAAUGCCUGUGGAAAAUGUCAUGAAGGUCCUGAAUAUGGUGCAGCUGGACUGCAUCCAGGAGGUGCAAGCGAAUUGGAUUUGGCAUCUGUCCACCCUGGCCAAGUUUGCUCCUCUCCUGGGUCAGAUGAGCAAUGUGCAGAGACUCCUUAUCUCCCGCAUUCACGUGUCUGCCCUUGAGAAGCAGGAGCAGCAGGAGCAAGUUGUCCUAUUUACCUCUCAGUUUCUCAAGCUGCACCAUCUCCAGGAUCUCUAUCUAGACUCUCCCUCCUUCCUUGAAGGCUGCCUGGACCAGAUGCUCAGAUGCCUGAUGACCCCCUUGGACCACCUGGCAAUAACUAACUGCCAGCUUACAGAAUUAGACCUGACCCACCUGUCCCAGUGCCCGAACAUCCAUCAGCUCAAAGGCCUGGAUCUGAGUGGGGUCACCAUGACUGACUUUAGUCCUAAGAUCCUCUGCAUUCUUCUGGAGCAAGUUGCAGCCACCCUCCAGGAACUGAACUUAGAGCAGUGUGGGAUCACAGAGUCCCAUCUUGAGUCCAUCCUGCCUGUCCUGAGCUGCUGUUCCCAGCUCAGGACCUUCAGUCUGUGUGGGAAUGUCCUCUCUAUGGCCAUCAUGGAGAAGCUGCUGAGCCACACCACUGGGCUGAUCAACUUAAGUGAUGAGUUUUACCCUGCCCCUCAGGAGAGUUACGGCCCUCAUGGAGCCCUCCACCUGGGCCGACUGGCCCAGCUUCGGGAUAAACUCAUUGAGAUUAUGCGGGAUUUAGGACGUCCAAGGGCCAUCUGGCUUAGCUCCAGCCCAUGUCCUUGCUGGAGCAAUAAGACAUUCUAUCCUGAGCAGCCCUUUCUGUGCCACUGUUACAUGUCUGCCUAG